UCCAGUAUUUGACAUUGACAGUUGUUAUCUUUUAUCAGGCGAAGCAUCGCGUGGCCUGAUUUCAUGAGACCGGCCACCUCACACUCACACUCAAACGAAAAUGUAAAUACCUCCGGUUAUUCGGGUUGGAAGAUUAUCGUCAAGCCCGGAUAUUAACAUUUUCCAUUUUCAAGCAACAGCGAAUUCAGAGUACUGAAGUUGCAAUGGGUACUUCUCCUGUCCAUUUUGAAAGCUUAAAGUUCCUUUUUUUAAGUUGACUGACUUAAUUCCUCCUCAGCCUGUUGUAACAUAAAAUCGUGAGUCACAAUGAGCAGAAACAAAAAAACUAAAACUCUUACAGUUGUAAUUGAAGAGAGAAGAAAUCGAAUUAUAACUCAACGGGUAGACCCUUCUCCUGAGCCUAAGCCUCAAAAGGUCACAUCUAAAAAAUCCAUGUGUGAUGAUAGAGAGGAUAUUUGCCAACCGAUUUCUUCCUUAGAAGGCAUCCUUCAAUGGAAGCCUCCUUCAAAACAGAGUUGGGCUGAAAAAGUCAUACCAAAACUUAACAAAUCCUCUCGGUGCUUCAAAUGGCAUAAAGACUGUAAAUCUUAUUUUGAGGAUAAUAUUUUACUGCAGGGGAAGGAGUGCGUUCCAAAAACCCUUUAUUGUCAUGACAUGAAAGGAGGAUAUCUUGAUGACAAGUAUGUCAAGGGUUGCGCUUCCGAAGAUCCAUUCACAUUCUUUAGAUGGGCUGGAAUAGAUAUAUUUGUUUAUUUCAGUCAUACACUUCUUACAAUACCACCUUUAGCAUGGAUUAAUGCUGCUCAUGCAAAUGGAGUCACUGUUCUAGGCACUAUAAUAACAGAGGGAGAAAAAGGGCAUGAGUUCUGUAAGAACCUUCUCAAAGAAGAUAAACUCAUCGAGAGCUUCUGCGUAAAAGUUGCCCAGAUAGCCAAGCAUUACAAAUUUUCAGGAUAUCUUCUCAACAUCGAAAAUGACAUUUCGAUGGCGAAUAUGCCCAAUUUUAUCGAGCUUGUUAAAGAGCUGAGGAAACAACUUAAGAAAGUCGACCCCAAUAAUAUAGUCAUUUGGUAUGAUUCGGUGACAAUUCCCAAUGGUGAGAUCUGCUACCAGAAUGAACUAAACGGACACAAUUGUACAUUUUUUGACAUAACGGAUGGCAUUUUUCUCAACUACAACUGGAAAGAGGAAAAUCUAACAUUUUCCAAAAGAUUCGCAGAAAAUCGAGCCGCAGAUGUUUUUGUAGGGAUCGACGUGUUUGGGCGAGGCUGUUAUGGAGGAGGUGGAUUUAAUUCACACAAGGCGAUGAAGUUGAUCCGUAAGUACAACCUUUCUGCUGCGAUAUUUGCUCCAGGAUGGGUCCACGAAUGUCAAACCGAAGAUGAUCCUUUUAUUGCACGAGAUUUCAAGUUUUGGCAACGUAUGUACCCGUACUUGUUUGUAUCCGGCCCUAAGGAGUUGCCGUUUAAAACGUCCUUUUGCACUGGAUUUGGAAAAAACUACUAUUCAAAGGGACAGAUAUACACCGAAGGCCCUUGGUAUAACUUAAGUCGGCAGGAUUUCCAAUUGACAGAUAUCAUCCCUUGGGAAGGAGACGACAGCGAAUAUUCAUGUUUAACAUAUUAUCACUUAGACGCAUACCAUGGAGGGAACAGCGUACUUCUUAAAAGCGAUCAUUUUGAAAGAUUGUUUUUUUGCGACUUCAAAUUGAAUUCUGCCGACGCAUUAGAGAUAAUAUUAGCGAUUAAAAACUUUGGAGAAGAGGAGGGUGAAGUAGAAGUUCUUGUUAAGUAUAUAGACAGGAAUUCAGUGCGCAAGAAACAAAUACUGGAUUAUUCUGCAGGCACAGAUGAGGCCAAUCAUUGGAGAAAAAGAAAAUUUAUUUUUGGGCCUUGCGAAGGAACAGUUUUGGAAAUUGGAUGCAGGCUAAUGGACAGAGAAGUGAUGCUCAUAGGUGAAGUAAUUGUCAAAAAAGCUUUGAAAGAUAGCUAUCAGUUUAAGAGAGCAUCAAAAUCGAGUAUCCACGAGAAAGUAUAAAUGUGAGGUGGCGCAGGUGGAGUGGAACAAAAAUGUCUACAUAAUAAAUUAUUUUUUUAAAUCUA